AUGGCAGGUCACUCGCACAGGUCGUCGGUAAAAAAGGGCCACAAAACGUUCAAGUCGAAGCAUGCGAGCAAGGGCGCGUUGAAGCGGCUGCACAAGGGCAAAGUGGAACAGGAGACCGCUGCUGGGGUGAAGGGCGUGCGCGUGGUGCGCAAGCAGGAUAGAAAAAACGCGGCCAAGCAGUUGCGGCAGCAGAAAAUCUCGAGCACGUCGCAGCUACGGCGGCUGUUCGAGGGCGCGAACGGAGCAGCCAAGAUUGUGGCGGUGAUCCCGCUGACGCCGGACGUGGAUGCGGGGGACAUUGUGCAGCGACUGGUGCAGGGCUGCGACGAGGACGUGUCGGGCAUGCAGACGCCGUGCGUGCGGGACUUCCGGAUCGGCAAAUUCCGGAGCACGCUGAAGGUGAUUGUGCCGGACAUGGGCAGCUUCCUGAGCAUCAUGGACGCGGCCAAGGUGGCCGACUACGUGGUGCUGGGGCUCAGCGGCACGUCGGAGGUGGACCCUGUGUUUGGGGAACAGGUGAUCCGUGUGCUGGAGCUCCAGGGCAUUGCAUCUUACAUGGGCGUUGUCAGCAACCUCUCGAAGGUGCACCCGAAGGAGAAGUUCCAGCUGGACGUUAAGCAGUCGCUGGAGAGCUACUUCCGGCACUUUUUUCCUACGGAAGACCGCAUCUACAACCUGGAGAAGGCGUCUGACUCGCUCAACGCGCAGCGCAUACUGUGCCAGCAGUAUCCGCGCGGCGUGAGCUGGAGAGAUUCGCGGGGCUAUCUUGUGGCGGGCUCUGUGGACUACGUGGAAAGUGGUCCGGACGCGGGCGAACUGGUGGUGGAUGGUACCGUGCGUGGGGUGGGCUUGCACCCCAACCGGCUAGUCCACCUGCCAGGACUUGGAGACUUCCAGGUGAGUGCCAUCGAGAAGAUUGCCGCCAGCUCGCGUUCGUCGGAGGAUAACGGGGAGGGCAGCGGCGUAUUCCUGCCGGAUGCACAGCAGGACACCCUUGAGGAGUUUGCGCCUCAUGACUUGGAUAUGGAAGAGUGGGACGACAACCAGUUUGAAUAUGAUAACCUCACAUCUGCCAGAUACGACGAUCAUGGCUUCUUGCCGGGCAGAGAGCAGUCGUUGGAGAGGGCGAAGGUCCCCAAGGGUACGUCAGAGUACCAGGCGAGAUGGUACGUGGACAACGUGGUUGACGUGUCAGACGACGAUGCGGAAGAUGAGAUGGAACUCGAGAUGGGUUCGAACGAGGUGGGCACAGUAGCAGACGAUACCAUGAUGGACGCAGAAGAUGCGCAGUCGGAUGACGCGUCCGAGGCAGACAUGGCCACUAUGGUGGAUGAGAUGUUUGUCGACCUGUCACCGGAGGAGGAGGAGCGGCAACUGCAGGAGUACCGCGCGAUGGAAAAGGAUGACCUUGAGUUCCCAGAUGAGAUUGAACUGGAUCCUUCGGAGUCUGCUAUCGAGCGACUAAAACGCUACAGAGGUCUGAAAAACCUACACAACUGUGUCUGGAACGUUGACGAGCAGGACCCACACUGCCCAUCCGAGUGGAAGCGCAUGCUCAGAAUUGGAAGCUACAAGAACUUGAAGGCCAGAACGAACAAAUCCGUGGCGGCGGAAGCAUCGGUUGUGGCCGGCGAUAAAGUCCGCCUGCGUAUUCGCUUCCCAAAGCAUCUGCUGGAACGGUUGAAGGACCCAAGAAUCGCGCCGUUUGUGGUCUACGGGCUUCUGCCACAUGAGCAUAAGCAGGUGGUGGCGAACCUAUCUAUCCAGCGAUGGGAGGAGUUUGAGGACCCCGUGCCAUCCGGCGAGUCCCUCAUAGUUCAGUAUGGCGUCAGACGCUACACAAUACAGCCUCAGUUCUCCUCCGCAUCGAACGUUCCAAAUAACGUUCAUAGGUUUGAGCGGUUCCUACACCACAACUCAGCCUCCAUCGCGACAUGCAUGCUUCCCUUGGACCUGACCCAGUCACCGGCCAUCUACUUCAAAGAAAACCCCUCUGAUCCAAAGGGCCUGACGUUCGUGGGCCACGGCACGUUCCUGAACGCAGACCACACACGGAUAUUGGCCAAGAGAAUCAUAUUAACUGGCCAUCCAUUCAAGUUCCACAAGCGCGUCGUCACAGUGCGCUAUAUGUUCUUUAGGCCAGAAGAUGUCGAGUGGUUCAAGUCGAUCCCACUAUUCACGAAAUCUGGACGCUCUGGCUUCAUUAAGGAGAGUCUUGGUACUCAUGGUUACUUCAAGGCAACAUUCGACGGCAGACUGUCUGCACAAGACACUGUUGCUAUGUCUCUCUUCAGAAGGGUAUGGCCAAAGACCUCGCUACCAUGGUUCUACUAG